AUGGCGGAGGCAAUUCCAUACGGGACGGUUAGUGACAUCCUGUUCAAGUUGGUGUCACGUGCUUGGCAAGAGCUUGAGUUGAUUUUCGGGCAGAACGAGGAGCUGGAGAAGCUUCAAGAGACUCUAACCACCAUAAACGCCUUCAUUCUUGAUGCUGAGGAGAAGCAAGAGAGCAGCCAUACUGUGAAAAACUGGGUAAUUCGGCUUCAAGACAUUGUCUACGAUGCAGAUGACUUACUAGAUGAAGCCGACUAUGAAAUCCUGCGCCAUAAGGUGCGUGCUCGGGGACAGGUACGCAAGUUCUUUUCAUCGUCGAACCCUCUAGCAUAUAGUCUUAAGAUGGGUCACAGAAUUAAGGAGAUUAGAGAGCGACUGGACACGGUUGCAGCAGAUAUGUCAAAAUUUAACUUGAGGGAGAAAGUUUUAGUACUGGAUAUGAAAGCUAAGAGUAAUGACAGGGAGACUGCCUCAAAGGUGAAAUCCGAAAUAAUAGGGAGAGAGGAAGAUAAAGGGCACGUCAUAAAAUCAUUGUUACAGAAGCAAAAUGAUUUUCAUGGUGACAGCAUCUCCAUUGUUGCCAUUAUUGGGUUUGGAGGUUUGGGGAAGACUUCACUUGCCCAAUCGGUGUAUAAUGAUGCAACAGUGGAAAACUUCUUCAAGCCACGGAUAUGGGUGUGUGUUUCUGAAGAAUUUGAUGUAUGCAUAAUUUUUAAGAAAAUCUUGAAGUCUAUAGUAGGUGGCAAAGUAGAUGACUUGGAUCUAGAUCAAAUACAAAGACAACUUGAAGAUAAUUUAAAAGGGCAGAGAUAUUUACUCGUGUUGGAUGACGUGUGGAAUGAAGACAAUUUGAAAUGGGAUAAGUUUUCGGAGUAUCUGGUGUUUGGUGCUCCUGGAAGCAAAAUUCUUGUAACAACUCGUAGUAAGAAAGUUGCAUGUACUAUGGGGGUCCACAUUCCUCACGUGUUACAAGGUCUCAAUGAGGAUCAAUCUUGGACUUUGUUUGAGCAAGUGGCAUUUAAAGGACAAUGCAAAAUUGAUCCAAACCUUAGAGUAAUUGGAAAAGAUGUUGCACGAAGAUGCAAAGGAAUUCCUCUUGCUAUCAAAUGUUUGGCAGGUUUGAUGAGACAAAAGCUUAAUGAAAAAUACUGGUCAUCUAUCCAAGAAAAUGAAAUUUGGAAAUUACUUGAAAAAGAUGAUGGUGUUUUCCCGGUGUUAAGAUUAAGUUACGAUCACUUGCCAAGUCAUUUGAAACAAUGCUUUGCUUUUUGUUCGCUUUUCUCAAAAGACUCAGAGAUAUAUCAAGACAAGCUGAUCCAACAAUGGCGAGCACAGGGUUACAUUCAAUUAAUGGAAAAUGAGAAUAUACAAGAUAUUGGUGAUGAAUACUUCAAUGAUUUAUUGUCAAGAUCACUUUUGCAAGAGGAGGGGGAAGAUGAGAAAGGGAAUAUUAUUUGUAAAAUGCAUGACCUUAUUCAUGAUCUUGCAUUAUUGGUUGCAAAAAGUAAUUUUCAUUGGAUGAAAGAUGACAAAGAAACAAUUCCAAAAGGAGUCCGUCAUGUGUCAUUGGAAUGUGAAUAUGAACAAAAUCAAAAAGUAGUUUUGACACAUUUGUCGAAAGCAAAGGGGAUAAGGACUUUGCAUUUUCGAACACACAUUUCCAAGAAUGUAUUCAUUCGAGAUGCAACUUUUUCAAGUUUCAAUUGUUUACGUAUGCUGAAUUUGAGUUACAUGAAAAUUGUCAUUUUGCCAAAUUUAAUUGGUGAAUUGAAGCACUUGAGAUACCUUGACCUUUCUCACAAUUAUGACUUGGAAGUGCUCCCUGGUGCUAUAGUCAAAUUGCACAAUUUGCAAACUCUAUUGCUUUAUUGUUGCGACAAACUUAAAGAGUUACCGAGGGAUAUACAACAAUUGAUUAGUUUGGAAUAUCUCAACAUUGAUGGUUGUUUUACACUAAAGUGCUUGCCCAAAGGAUUAGGGAAUUUGACUUCAUUACAAAGAUUGCACAGAUUUAUUGUGAACAAUAUUGUUGAAAAGGGUUUCUCAAUUGCAGCCACAUUGAAUGAGUUGAGAGACCUAAAUGACCUUGGAAACUACUUAACCAUUGAAAACUUAAGCAAGGUGAGAAAUGCAGAAUUAGAAUCUAUGGAGGCAAAUUUAAAGGAAAAGAAACGGCUUCAGUGUUUGAGAUUAUGGUGGCAACCCAAUGCAGGAGAGGACAGUGAAAAGGUUGAGUUAUUGUUGGAUAAUCUUGAGCCACACCCGAACUUGAAAGAGUUGGAGGUACGCAGGUAUGGAGGAGCAAGGUUUUCAACGUGGCUAUCAUCCUUGAAUAAUUUAGUCAAACUUGAUAUAGACGGUUGUUGGAAUUGCCAACACCUGCCACGCUUGGAUCAUCUUUCAUCUCUCAAGUCUCUUACUCUUCAGGGGUUUCAUGUUUUAGAACAGCUGCCACCCUUGGAUCAUCUUUCAUCUCUCGAGUCUCUUACUCUUCACGGGUUCCAUGUUUUAGAACACGUGGAAGAUUCUUUCCCCUUGCCUUGUUCCACGCCAGGAGCAUCAUUCUUUCCAUCGCUUAAGAAACUGUCGAUCCGAGACUGUCCCAAUCUCAAAGGAUGGUGGAGGAAUCAAGGAUCAACCGUUGAGCUGCCUUGGUUUCCUUGCCUUUCUGAGUUAGAUAUCUGGUUGCGCCAAAACUUAACCUCCAUGCCAUUGUUUCCAUCGCUCGACCAAUAUUUAACUUUGUAUGGUACUAGUAUAAUGCCUUUGCAGCAAACAUUGAAGAUGAAGAUAACCAAGGCUAGCACGACAUCAGAAGCAUCAUCAUCAAGGAGCACUUGCCAUUCUUAUUCUUAUUCUUCAACCGCCCUUCCUCUCUCCAAUCUGAAGCAUCUGACUCUUGCUUCCGUUGAUGAUCUAGAAGAUCUGUCAGAGGAGUUUUUCCAAAAUCUCACUUCUCUUACUUGCUUAAUAUUUAGUGAUUGCGAUAAAUUGGAAUCGUUGCUGCCGCAAAAGAUGAACCGCCUCACCUCUUUACAAGAGUUGCAGGUUGGAAAUUGUCCUAAUCUGAGGGCUUUACCGGACUGGAUACCUAAUCUCAUUUCCCUCAAAACACUUAAAAUUCAGUGGUGCCCUAAAUUACAGAGCUUGCCUGACGGGAUGCAACAGCUUACCUCUUUGCAACAAUUGUUAAUUGAUGGAUGUCCCCGGUUGUCGAAAAUAUGUAAAAAGGAGACCGGAAUCCACUAG